AGUGCGCGCGGGCAUGGAGGCGGUGCUGGAGAACCUGGAGCGAUUCGCCGAGGUGCUGGCGGUGGCGCGGAGUCCGUGGGCCGGCGACUGGGACGAGGCGGCGGUGAGCCGAGCCUUCCAAUGGGCCUGCUACUUCGAGCAGCUGGACUCGCGGCUGGAGGGAAAGGCGGGCGCGCAGGCGGCCCUGCGGCGGCAGCUGGAGCAGCCGGGCAGCCGCGCUGGCCAACACCACCGGCUACCGUGGUACCGCGGCCUGCGGCUUCGGGAGCUGGGCCGGGGCCAGGAGAUGCUCGGCCAGGCGCUGCUGUGCAACCCGGCCGCCUCGGCCACCGCCUUCCACCGGGCCGCCGCCUGGUACCGCGGCGCGGGAUGCGGCCGGGGGGCCGUGUCGGAGUCGCUGGGACGCGCGAUCCGGCUGACGGCGGCGGCGCGGGUUCUUCAGGCCUGCGUGGAUCCGCCGGAACGCCAGGCUGUGGCCGAAACGCAAGCGGAGAUACUGCGCCAGCGCUUGGGGGAGCGGCGGCGGGAAUUACCGGAGCAGGAGGUUUUACGGCGGGCUGUGUCUGGCGGCGGCAGCGCCGGCUCCUGGCGGCCGCUCGCCGCGCUACUGACGACUGCGGGAGGCGGCGGCGCGCAACCGCAAGCCCUGCGGUGGUUGCUAGGUGACGGGCGCGCGCUGAGCGCCGCCUGCCGCGAGCUGCCGUGCGCCGCGCUGACCCACCUCGCGGCGCAGCAGCCCGCCUUCGCGCGCGGCUACUCCCACUUCCUGCAGCGGUGGGGCGGCCGCAUGCGGUACGACGCCGGCAGCGGCCGCUGGCUGCACCAGGAGUCGCCCGAGCAGGAUUGGGAGAGGUUGUUGCAACACUUCGCCACUCUCCUGCAGGGGCCGCCGAGAACCAAGGAGUCGACGCGGCAGAUGUUAAAGACUCUGAAAGCCCAGGAUGGAGACUUUGAAGUGUGGGGGAUCAGCAUAUGGACGGAUCUGUUACUUGCAUUAGAACGGCAGAAAAUUGUUUGAGAUUGUAAUUUGCAUUUGAUUAAGUUGCAAACCAUAGUAAUAUGUCUGCACACCUGUGAAGUGAUCUCCUGCUGGCUCAGUCGAGUUACAAUUAUUUAAUGCAUUGGGGUGAAGCAGGAAACGCUGGCAUCUGUGGAGAGAAACAGUUAAGGAUUGAAGUCACUGAUCUUUAAUUAGAGCUGGCAAAACAGAUCAACAGGUGAAAACGGCUGGUACUUUUCAGAUUUCCAGCCUUUGGUAUUUUGCUUAACAUUUGGGAUGUUUUCAUCCUUUUAAAUGAUUUUAGAUGUUUCAGGAAGCUGACACAUCUUUGCAUUUUCAUUUUACAGUAAAACUGUUAAUUUGCUAUGUGGCUAAUUUCUCCAUAUAACUACAACCCUUGAUUCCAGGCUACAUUCUAGUGAAGCUUUCUGUGCUGUCUGUGUUGCUACCACAUCUAUCCUGCAGUGUGGUGACCAGAACUGUGCACAAUACCUUUGGUGCGGCCUGGCCAACGUUUUGUGAAAAUGUUUUGUAAUGCACUGGCACUUUUUGUUUCCUCUGAUUACAAUUUGAAAUGUACAGAUAGAAUGGUUUUGCCUUGCAUCAAUGUGCAAUUCAUGCCAUCUGUCUACUAAUCUUUGAGCCAUGGAAGAGUUUCAGAUUUAGUCUACAUAAUUCUGUUACUUUAAACUCAUCUAUCAAAUUCCUUGGUCAAAAAAGUGACACUAGCUUUUUCAGCUUAUCCAUGUUAACUCCUCCUGUUAGAUUCAUUUCUUCUGCACCUCCAAAGCCUUUGUCCUUUCAGAAAUGUACUGCCUAGAAGUGAAAGCAGUACUCCACUAGAUUCCAAUUGGGGUUAUAAUAGUGUAACAUAACAUUAGUACUCUCUAUGUAGCAUCCCAUGGGUCCUAUUUUGGUUAGCCUGCCUGCAAGGAUUUUGGUAUGAGCAACUUGCCCCUCUUGCUGCUUGCACCUCUUUCCAAAAUUAUGCUAUAUAGUUCUUCCUACCAGGAUCUAUUGUGACUCACUUUUCUAAAUGCAUUCCAUAAACCCACCUAGACAUGUCUCUAAUCAUUAUUGACUAUUACCUUUUUUGUAUGAUAUGCAAACUUAGUGACUUUUAUGAUGCACCCUUCAAAAAUCAGAAUGCUAAAGUUGCAACAUGCAGUCAAUAAUUCUGAUUAAUUUGCUCAUUAUUCUGUCUUUUUCUGUAUAUUUGCUUGGAUCCUUUUAACCUUAGGCCAGGCCCUAAGUUUCCAUAUAUCACCAUGACAUUUUUACUUUAACUUAACAGGGGUAUAUUGAAUUUAAAUUGCCAUUGCUCAACCUGGUGUACAAAUCCUAAGAUUACUUAUUUAAUUUGCAAACAUGAACAUGAGGAAUAGGCACAGACUAAAUGGUUCCUUUAACCAGCCUUAUUAUUCAAGAAGAUCAUGAUUGAUUUGUUCUUGGCCUUGGCUACAUUUUCUUUCUUGUUACCCCCAUAACGCUUGACUCCCUUGUGGACCAAAAUACAAAAUUGAUUGGACCUCUCUGCAACUUAGUUUGAUUUGUCUUUCAAAAGCAUUACAGAAAGGAUAAGUACAUGAAGAAAUACUUAGCUUUUUAAAAGGAUUAAAAAAAAUACUUUUUGCAACAAACAUACAGCACAAUCUGAAUAUUUUAUCAACACAACUUCCAUUCUACAUUUAAUCCUAUCAGGCUUACCUUCUGUUUGUUGCUCUCAUGUGCAGUCCUCCAGCUUCUCCCAUCCAGUUGUGCUACAUUGCUAGUUCCUUAUUCUAUCAAUCCCUUGAUAAGAAUUUUAUUCUCAAUUUCUUGUUGGAAACUAUUUAGUUAUGGCCCCUUACUCUAAACUACUUUGCAUGCACAAACAUUUUCUGUCUUUCACACUAAAAUUAUAAAGGCAUGCCUAAUUCAUUUUUUCUUGUGAAAAGAUCCCCAGCUUGUUCUUUCUAGAUGUCAUAACUCCUCAGUUCUAGUAUCAUCCUUUUAAUCACUUUUACACCUCCAGUGAAUUGAUUUUUUUUGAUUAAAGUUGUUCCAGUUUAUAAGUCUUGGCAGCAGUGUUUUCAGCAGUAAUGUCUUCACUUUGAAGAUCCUUUUUAAAUUCAAGUUGUGAUUUCUAGUCCUGGAUUAGGUGUGAACUUUGGCAAUUUCAGCUCUGAAUCAGAGGUAAGAGCAUACAAUUUCCACUCCAGAAAUUUGAGCACCUAAUCUAAGUUGACACCAUCUGCACUACAAAGAAAAUGUGGCGCCACUGAACUGGGGCCCAGUUCCCUUUUGGAAAGACAUGAAAGAAUUCAAGUCUUUAUCCAUGGCUUUAUUCAAAGAGCAGAUAGAUUCUCCUGACUCCUGUUGAUAUAUAUGCCUGAAAUGACACAACUAAAAUUGAUUUAGUUAUUAAUUAUUUGUGGUACUUGCUGUACAUGGAUUGUCUGUUUUGUUUGUAAACUACCUCAUCUGUAAUUCAAAAGCACUUGGCUGUCAAAUCCUUUGGGAUCUUCAGGUUGAAAUAGCUUCAAUAUAAAUGUCACUACUUUUAUUCUGUCUAGUCUAUCAAAUAGAUUGUUAUUCCUCAAUGUUUUGAAGUGAAAUUGCUACUUGUAAAUAAAUGACAAAUUUCUCCCUACCAUAAGUUCCUUUUUCUAUUGUUUAACAAGGUUUUGAAUAAG